AUGGCGAACUCACCAGCCUGGACAGACGAGGACAAGCGGCUUUCAGCGGUCCGAGACCCUGAAUUCCCUGAUUGUCAUUACACCCGUGGAUGUUACCUGGGCCAAGGAGGCUACGCGCGCGUUUACAAAGUUCUUGAUCGCCAAACUGGAAAUGUCCAUGCUGGCAAAACCUCCCCCGGUGCAGUUAAGCACUUGCGCAAGGAGGCCAGAAUCCUGAGAAGCCUCAAUCAUCCCAACAUUGUCAAGUAUAUCGAAUACUUUGAAGAGGAAGAUAAUCCUUCUGCCAACAUUCUUGUUAUCGAGCUCUGUUCCGGUGGAAGCUUGCAGGACAUAAAUAACAACCAUUCCGACGGCUUAACAAGAAAGCACGCUCUGCAGGUCAUGCUUCAAGUUUCGCAGGCCGUUGAAUACCUCCACGGACUGAACCGCUUCCACGGAGACCUCAAACCGCGAAACAUCCUCAUCCGUACAUGGGAUCCUGUGCAAGUCGUUGUCGCCGAUUGUGCAGAGAUCAUGCAUCAUGGGCACGCCGGAAAGAGCGACGACAUCUGGGCUCUUGGCAUUUCGUUGCUGGGCAUGAUGAGCCAGUCUCCCCAUUUCUACAAAAAGGAGGAGCGGAUGUAUCCACGGAUAUGCGCCACCCACGCUCGCAACUUGGACAGGUUGAAUCCCGGCCAUGAAAUUGUCCGAAUUCUGUUGCGCCUUCUUGAGUGGGAUCACAAGAACAGAAUCACUGCGCCGGAGCUUGUGAAGUUGACGGCCGAGAUAAUGGAAGCGCGAAGCACUCAGGAUGCCCCCAAGGAACAGAUGGACUUGGAGGUGCCCGAGGGAACUCGUACUGUUGAGUUCUGGUAG